UGGAAAUAUGAAAAGGAGAACAUCAAAGAAGGAGAUUUAGUUGUCGUAAAAGAUGAUAGAUUGGCUCCGCAUGAAUGGAAGUUAGGUCGUAUCGAAAAAACGUAUCCAGGUAGUGACCAAAAUACCAGGGUUGUAGACAUACGGACGGCAAGUGGCAACAUUAGCAGACCCAUUACAAAAAUUGUCAAAUUGUUUUCCGACUGACUAGUCGGAUUCCCACUCAAAAAAGAAUUUAGUACUCGCCUCAAUUUCUUUUCAGAUAUGGCCGCUUACUUGCCUAACCAGGACUACCGUCUGGACGAUCGCAACCGUAGCCCAGACUCACCUGCCCGUCCCACAGCAAGAAGCGCCAAUCGACCCAUCCAUCGUCCCAGUUCCACAUCCCCUGAAAGGCGACAGAGAAGUCGAUCCGACGUAAGACCCCGCCAACGCCAAGAAAGACCAAGCUACUGGCAAUAUUCAUGUGGGCUCUGCCAAGAUGACCAUGCCCUCAGUGCCUGUGAGAGGUUCCGCAGACAGACGCCCUUCCAGCGGUAUGAGACCGUGGAGCGUCGGGGGUAUUGCCGAAAUUGCCUGGCGAGAAGUCAUUUGGCCCCCGACUGCCCGUCUUUAACUGGUUGCCGGAGAUGCAACGACCGGCACCAUACCCUAUUGCACGGGGCGUCUCAGUUGGACGAGGUAUCCCUCAACAUCGAGGCCAUUACAACCCCAGCCUUCGCAUGGGAUUUGGUGUUUGUACCAACAGCGAUGGUACGCAUAACGGCCGAGGGCAUGGAGGGGUUCAGUAUGCUGCGAGCCAUUAUUAGCCAAUCUGCGACGAUGUCUAAGAUUUCGUACGCCGCGUUCCGUCGCCUGGGUCUGCAGUCGCGAGAGUACAAAGGGGAGCGAUUCACCACCUUCACAGUUUCGCCCCGCCGCAUGAACAGUACUUGGAGUCUGAAGGUAAAUGCCGUAAUUAUCGAAGAUCUCCCAAGACGCAUUUACUCGGACCCAAUACUUGAAGACCCCACUAGAUGCUUCACGAGCUACGCCUUAGCUGACCCUGAUCCCAGAGGAAAUAGUCCGAUCGAUGUGGAACUGGGAGCGGACACGUACUCCGCCAUAAGGAAAGAUGGGUGUACAGCAGCUGGAAUUGGAGAUGUCCUGGCCUACAACACACAACUGGGCUACGUGUUUGCUGGGCCAAUCAAGAACAUGCCGAGGAACUGAAGACCGAAGAUCCUUAUGUGAACAUUUAAUCAACACUACAAAAAAACCAAGAACAUUGUUAAUAUUAAAAAGUGAAAAAUAAAUUGUGAAACUAUAUAACUUAUGUGCUAAAAAUUAUAAACUAAUGAAUUAAAACUAUUUAACUUAAAACUUAACAUCUAUUAAAAUAAAACUUUGUGAAUUAAAACCCAAAUAUAAAUUAUCCAAAAUAAUACUACUUAAACUAA